AUGUAAUAACUAUAAUAUUAUUCAUGUGGAUCAGGUGGAUGUGGAUUAUUACUUUAAGAAACAAUUGAUGAUAUUAAUAUACCAAAAAUAUGUCAUAAAUUAAUAGAUAAGAAUUUGAAUGAUCUAAAAAUUAAAUUUAGUGGAUUGAUAGGAUUAAUAAAAUAAGGAGAUAGAAUAUUUUUGUAUGGAUAAUGGAUUUAAAUUUAUACUAUUCCAAAAGAGAUAAAAUAAAUCAACAAAGUUUCUAAAUUUUCUUGUGGUUGGUAACAUUGUAUGAUUCUGACAGAUAAUGGUCUUUUUGGUAUGGGUUCAAAUAAAUUCAAUGAAUUUGGACAUUAAGUUAAAUAAAUAUUUGAAGAACCUUAAUAGUUAAAUUUUGAUUACACUAAAAUUUAUGAUAUUGUAUGUGGCUUUAGAUAAAGUUUUAUAAUAGAAGAAAAAUUCAUAUAUGGAGUUGGGUAAAACAAAUAGAAUGAAUUAAAUAUCAUUAAUACUAAAAUAGUUCUGGAAUUUACAAAGAUUAAUGUCCAAGAGUGUAUUAAAAAAAUUAAAUGUGGAUAAAAGUUUACAUUAGCAUUGUCAUGUAUAUAAUAUUUAUAAAUAUUAAGAUGAUAAUACUUUAUAUGGAUGGGGUAGUAAUAGUUUUGGUUAAUUAUGCUAAGAAUCUUAAUUUUCAAUCUUAGACAAAUAGGAAUUAAUGAAAAAUAUAGAAGAUUUUGAUUGUGGUUGGAGUCAUCAUUCUAUAUUAACAAAAAAUAGAUAAGUUUUUAUUUGUGGAAGAGGUGAUCUUGGAUAAUAAGGAGAUAAUAAAAAAUAACAUAAUUACAAAUAUUAAUAGAUUGAUAUAAUUGCAACGAAUGUUAAAUGCGGAUCAGAAUCUACAAUAUUAAUAAAUUAGGAUAAAUAAGAAAUAUUUGUUAGUGGAUGGAAUGAACAUGGAAAUUUAGGAUUAGGUCACAAUAAUAAUGUUUAUUAAUUUGAAAGAAUAGAUAAGAUUAAAUAAAUAAAAACAAAAGGGGCAACUAUGUUAUUAUAAAAAUGAA